AUGGGUGGUGAUGCUUCAGCUGGUGCUGGUCUUUUUAAGACUCGAUGUGCUCAAUGUCAUACCUUAGGUAAAGGUGAACCUCACAAGGUUGGACCUAACCUUCACGGUCUAUUUGGUCGAAAGACUGGUCAAGCUGCUGGUUACGGAUACACUGAAGCUAACAUCAAAAAAGGUGUGACUUGGAACGAGGAAACUUUGAUGGUUUACCUCUUAGACCCUAAAAAGUACAUUCCUGGUACUAAGAUGGCCUUUGCUGGUUUAAAGAAAGAGAAAGACCGUGCCAACAUCAUCGCUUACCUCAAGGAUGCUACUGCCUAA